ACACCCGGAAGUAAAUCUCCUCAGUUCACUAGCAGAGCCACGGAGCACAAUUGUGUUUGUUUACGCAUUACAUUAAUUACGUUUUUAAAAUAAUAUAUAUAUAAAGAUUUAUUUAUUCUGCAAGGCGAAGAUGCAAAGCUACGACAAAGCGUCUCUCAGCUCGGGGUCCGGACCCGUGACAGACAACAGAGGGAGCGAUGGAUCGUUAGUAGCCGUACUGAAGACGUUGCUGUUUUUCACCAUCCUGAUGAUCACUCUCCCCAUCGGACUCUACUUCGCCUCCAAAAAGUAUUUGUUCGAAGAAUCUCUGGGUUACUCCAGCAACGACAGCUACUUCUACGCCGCCAUCUUGGCCGUCGUAGCCGUGCACGUGGUCCUGGCGCUCUUCGUUUACGUGGCCUGGAAUGAAGGACCGCGGCAGUCGAGGGAAGGAAAGCAGGACUGAGAGAUAGGAAAGAAGGGGAAAAAAGAGGAUUAGGAGAGGUAGAGAGAGAGAAUGAGAGAGAAACUAGAUUUUUGAUUCUGUUAGAAAAAACGAGAGAGAGGGAGGGGAGUGAAACACGCAGGAGACUUCUGAUGCCGCGAAAACACAUGUAUACAUGCACGUGUACCUACAAGAUCAGAGGUCGGAGGUCACUAUGAAGCCUGAGGAGUGUGUGUGUAUAGUGUGUUGUGGAAAAUGUAGGAGGUUUAACAGGUUCCUCUGGGGAAAGCUUUGAUGUUCUGUGUAAAACUGUACAACACGGCGUUUCCUCCUCACGAAGGAGGCGGAGAACCCGUAAUUAUCACGUGAACCUUUAAAGAAUCCUCAGACAUUCUUGGUUCUUUGGAUAAUUACGAGCUCCAAUAAGAACCCACUGUUGAACGCUUUUAAGGUUUUUCCCAGAGGAACAACCCAAGAAACUUUUUAAGAGUGUAAGUUCAGGAACCUCGUGGAACGAGAAAGGAAAAACAAUCCAACGUGACCUGUUUAUUGCUGUCUCAGAACGCACAGCUUCUCGUGUGUAUACACAGGACAUUGUUGUUUAGAGUCGAGACAUUGAUUAAAACUAGACAGGGACGGAUCUCCACGUAGCAUCACACACACACACACACACACACACACACACCCCGACUCUGAAACCAGAUGUUCUCACCUGUAAUGCUUUUGAACUAGCGCUUAAAAGCGUCAUCUUCACCGAGCUCGUUAAAUCCCGUUUCACGUGUCGAGUUUCGGCUUUUUCUCCUCCUCCUGUGCAGCGAGUUCGAUUUUUCACGUGUUUUAGACCCGUGCUGAACGCCACGGUUAUAACGUGGUGUACGCUGUUAAAUUAUUCUUAUCGUUAUUAUCAAUUAACUAAUAGCCAAUGUUUUAUAUGAUGCUUAUGGAGCUCCAGAAGGGACCUUUUCGAAAAUAAAUAAAUUUAAGCCUUGAAACAGAAAUUCGCACGUGGUCAUUUUUCUUCUAAGGAAACGAGAAAGCAACACAACGAGUAAGUAACGCGCACACGAUAACGAUACGUCACACGUGACGUAUACACCGCGUGAAAACGGAAAAUUCUCUCCUGCGCACACAAACUAACCCUGACCUGCCUAUUUAUUUAUUUAUUUUUGCGAACGUCCCUUCAGGAUCUCUGUAGAUUAAACGUCCGUCCUCGAGGAAAUCAACUCGCCGAUUUAAAUAAAUAAAUGUAUUUAAUCGAAACAUUUUUCGUUUAAAGGGAAAAAAAAUCUACAUGCAGCUGUAAUAAAAACCGUUUCGAGA